UCCCGCAGCCGACCUGCGCUCGGGCACCAUGGCAGACCAGUCUUUUGUGACUCUAGCCACAAAUGACUCUUAUGUGAAAGGAGCACUGGUACUUGGUUCAUCCUUGCAACAGUACAGAACAACAAGGAAGCUGACUGCACUCAUAACUCCUCAGGUCUCAGAUCUUAUGAGGAGAGUGCUGGAGAAAGUCUUUGAUGAAGUCAUAUUGGUAAAUAUCUUGGAUAGUGGGGAUUCAGCACACUUGGCGUUAAUGAAAAGACCUGAGUUGGGCGUCACACUAACAAAGCUUCACUGCUGGGAACUGACACAGUUUUCAAAAUGUGUAUUCAUGGAUGCAGACACAAUGGUUUUGUCAAAUAUAGAUGAGCUUUUUGAGAGAGAAGAGCUGUCUGCAGCACCAGAUCCAGGCUGGCCUGACUGUUUUAAUUCAGGAGUUUUUGUUUACCGACCUUCCAUUGAAACAUACAGUCAGCUGCUACAGUUUGCCUCAGAGAAAGGGAGCUUUGAUGGUGCAGAUCAGGGGUUGUUAAACACCUUCUUCAGCAGCUGGGCAACAACAGACAUGAGCAAACAUCUACCAUUUAUUUAUAAUUUGAGCAGCACUUCUGUAUAUUCCUACCUUCCAGCAUUUAAAGCGUUUGGUGCAAAUACUAAGGUGGUGCAUUUCCUGGGAAGCACAAAGCCAUGGAACUAUACAUAUGACUCCAGAACAAAAAGCAUAAAGGGCAACAUGGAUGACCCUAAAAUAGUUCACCCAGAAUUCCUCAACAUGUGGUGGGAUACUUAUAUAGCUGAUGUUUUACCACUACUAGAACAGCAUGGAAUUGUUAAAGAAAACACUACCGGAGUAAAUAUGGCAGAAGUUACAGAGGCAGUGUCCCACGUAUCAGUAUCACCACUAUUACCGACUGAAUCUUCAGAAGAACGCAAGGAACGGUGGGAACAGGGCCAGGCUGACUAUAUGGGAGUGGAUUCCUUUGACAACAUCAAGAAGAAACUUGAUACCUAUCUUCAGUAGAAGUGCCUGUCUCAAACAGUGGUGAUGCAAGGACUUGUUCCAGAACUAACAGCUAGAGAGGUAUAGAUGGUGGUCAGUUACACAUGCUAGUAGCUUGAGGAAAAACUUCUUGGCUGAAGGCCUCUGCAGUGCUACAGAUGAAGACUGAGCAAAAGCUAGGAAGCAGAAUCCUUGGGCCACCUAUUACUGCCCAAUUUCCAAUUCUCCCUACUAGAUAAAACCAGAUAUUUUCAGCCUAAAAUUUCUUCUGUUUUGAUCAAUUGGCUCAACAUAUUAUUUAAACUGGGUUUGUUACCUCACCUCAUUAAGGUGAUUAGCAUUGAUUCCUUUGCUUGCAGUUUUAGAUAUAAAAUCUAAUUCAUGGGAUUGCUCAUACACUGGAGUGGUAGCCAUUCUGCUUUACCAUAAAUGUAUUAAUGACACUGGGAAUACAUACAGUUGUAACAGUAAUAGCACUGCUUUGCUCUUCCAGUCACAAUUGCACUGAAAUUUUGACCAGGUUCUUACGCACAGUGCCUGCAGCAUGGCAGAAUGCGUUUUUCAGUUCUGUAUACUAUGGGACUAGUAAACUGAGUUUUAUCUGUUCCUUGUAAUG